AUGUCGAUUAUCAUCUCUUCAACAACAGCCCAAAAAAAUCCUGCCCAGAACGUUGACGAGUAUUUGCCUGUGCUUGUGGCCGCACUAACAACACCUAGUGCUGAUUACCUCCAAACUCAAAAGCUGGAACUUCAAGAAUUUGAUCUCUUGGGAUGCAUGUCAGUAUCCCCGCAGAUAGUACAAUGUGCUCCGAAUGUUUACCUGACUUAUCUCUACCCUCAUAUACCACUCAAUAUUGUAUCCUCUUGUUGCGUCGUCAUAUUUAAGGUUGGCGAAAAAUGUUUGCCAAAAUUCACCUUUCCAAAAAUCGAAUCCCGCCACUUCGGGUUCCAAUACAAUUUUCCCAAUCAGCUCAAGCAACUCUGUGAAGUUAUUCAGCCUCACUCAUCUGCAUUGUCAACUUCGUCAACUGGUGGUUUAGCUGUAUCUUCUAAACAAAAUGAUCAAGUACUUGGAGAAUGCUUAUUCUCAAAACUUCGAAGUGUGGAGCAGUGCGAAAAAGAGGUGGUCACUUUUUUCACAUCUUUGCAAGUUCAAACUAUUGGAAAAUCCUGCUGCAAGGCAAUUAUCGAUAUUACUGAAGGAUGCUGGUCAUCAGUAUUUCCUUUCAAUCCUUUCUUUCCUUCUUUGCUUAAGAACUACUGCAUGCCACUGUUGGCCCUCCCUCCUUCCCCCUAG